UCAGACUCAAGGCUGAUAACAAACAGGAAGCGACGGAAUGCGGAGAGUUUAAGUUACUAAAACACAACGCAAACCGUUUAAACGUGCAGAAAUACAACCUGAAAUACAUGUUACGUGUAAGGGUUGAAUAAAUGCCUGCGCGUUUGCAAUGACAGUCGAUCUCCAGGUUUAAACACGUAUUAUGUGGCUAGCUAUCGUCAGGCUCCUUCCACUUCCGUGUACACUCCGUUUCCCCUCAGCGACCUCCUCCAACUUUUGAACAGGACAUUUUAAUUGGCGUCCGUCAUUUUUUGCGCACCGGUUUUAAGGACCUUGAUUGACGGACGUCGGCCCCACCUGCUUUAGAAUGGAUUGUGAAGACGCCCACAAUGGGCGGGGCUUGUCAGGAGCUCAUGGAGCCAGAAGUAUAAUAGGAGCGGAGGAUGAGGAAUUUGAGAAUGAUUUGGACCAGACAGUGGAUGAUCAAUGCAGUCAUUUUAACAGUAUCGAACUGCUGAAAAGCAAACCCACCCAUCUGGCGGUCUUCCUCCAUCACGUCAUCCUCCAGUUUGACUGUGCUCCUCUGUUGUGCUAUCUGCAUGCUGACCUCUUCAGGAACCUAAGUGCCAAAGAGACCAAGAAACACUUUGUGGACUUUUAUAACAAUUUCUUGGACAAAGGAGCCAUUCUGAGAGUAGCAGUCCCAUCUAAUAUAGCAAAUGAGUUAGACCGCACUCGUCCAGACCUCAUCAGUGAGGAACUGCAGAAGCGAUUUGCUCAGGAAAUACAGAACAUGCAGACCUUGGAGGUCCUGAGGCAGCUUGAGGAUUUCAGGCAGAAGAGGAUGAUGGGAAUGACCCCCAACGAACAGGAGCUAAUUGAGGUGGAGAGUCACUAUCCAACAGACCGUGUUCCCAGAGAAAUGAAGGAGAAAGCAGUGGCUGAGAGACUUCUAGAGAAGUUGACUGAAACCAACCCUGCGAUUGUUCCAGAUGAAGAUAAAUGUUCCGCCAUCUUUACUGCAGUGGCUGUCUACAUGAAGCAUCUGGGAGUAAAGAACAGACCACCAGACAGCAAGAAGGGCAAAGGAUUUUUCAGGAGAAAGCCGAAAGAAGAAAAGUUUCAAAGGAAAGAAGAAAAGUCGAAAGUGCUCAGUAUCUUGAGGAUCGGAGGCAGCAAUGAGGUCAGAAUGAGAGUGGACAAUGAAGGUGAUAAAGAGAGGAAUAACGAACGAAGAAAUACUGCAAGCACCAUGGGACAUCGGGGCUCCAAUGCAGAUGGUGGUGUAGUACCCAUAUUGGGUCGAAAAUCUCUCGUGCCAGGGCCUGGCACUCCUCAAGGCACAGAGACCAGUGAGGUGCCAGACAGGAACAUUAUUAUUACCCCCAGCCCUGAAAAUACCCAGCCUGAGACAGGUCAGCCCAGCAGUCGUUCAGACCACCAGUCUGUAUCAGAUAGUGGAGAAAUAUCUUCAGCGAGCCCCAGUCACAGCAUCUCUGUCUGGGAGCCUUCAUCUGUAAUCGACAUACCUGUAGAUGAGCCCAUUGAAAAGGACAGACGGAAGACAAGGAGCGUGCGCCGUAGUGAGAGUCUGUGUGUGGAACGAUGUACUCGUCGAGGUGGUUCUACUCGGGCAAAACAAUCUCGCUCCCGUAGUGACGUGGACCUUCAGGCAACUUCCAUUUCCACUUCCACUUCCCAGCCCCCUUCACCUUUUUCCCAGCACCCCAAGUUUAUGGAUACACCGUUGGUGCCACCUGAUGGAUCUCUUACAGCCAGUCCUGCUGGACCCUUAGCUCAGCAAGAGGAAGUAGAGCCACGGCUUCUGGAGUUAGAGCAAGAUCCUCCCAACUGGAGAGAGCUUGCUCCAAGUGAGGUUCUGAGUAAACUCACUAAGAAAGAGACUAAGAGGCAGGAAGUCAUCAAUGAAUUGUUUGCGACGGAGCAUGCCCACGUGCGCAUGCUGAGUGUAUUACAUACAGUGUUUUCUCGUCCAAUGGCAAGAGAUGCGAUUAUGGAUUCUACUGAGCUAGACACAAUCUUCCCUAGUUUGGAUGAGAUUAUGGACAUGCACUAUACUUUCUAUGAGAAUUUGAAAAAGCUACGUCAAGAAGAUGACUAUGUGGUUAAAAAUAUUAGCACUCCGCUCCUCAACAGAUUUAAUGGUUCAGAGGGUGAAUGGUUCCAGAAGCUCACAGCUCGUUUCUGUAGUCGUCAGUCAUGGACUCUGGUUCAAAUCAAGAACAAGCAGAAGAAAGACCCCCGCUUCAAUGCCUUUAUACUGGAAGCUGAGAGUAAGCCCCAGUGCAGAAGAUUACAGCUGAAGGACAUCAUCCCCAUCGAGAUGCAGAGAUUAACAAAGUACCCACUGCUGUUAGAAAACAUUGCCAAGAGCACAGAGGAUAAUGUAGAGAAAGAAAAUAUCCAACAGGCUGCUGAAUGCUGUCGUAAGAUUCUCAACCAUGUAAACGAGGAGGUGAAAUACAUGGAAAAUCUUCUGACUUUGAAAGACUACCAGCGCAGGUUGGACACUUCAGGGCUGAAGCCCAGCUUGGAGCUUUACACCGAGUAUAGGUCCUUGGACAUGACAACAAGAUCUAUGAUUUACGAGGGGCCACUUACAUGGAGGGUGACUAAGGAAAAGGCUCUAGAUGUACAGGGUGUGUUGCUGGGAGACCUGUUGGUCCUUCUUCAGAAACAAGAUGAAAGAAUGGUUUUAAAAUGCCAAAGCAAAAGUAACAUUGCUGUCCAGGAGGGCAAACAAAUGCUCAGCCCCAUCAUAAAGCUUGAGUCGGCUUUCCUCCGAGAAGUGGCCACAGAUCGUAAAGCUUUCUAUGUUAUCUUCACUUGGGAGAGCGGAGCACAGAUCUACGAACUUGUGGCACAGUCUGUUGCUGAAAGAAAAAUAUGGACAGAUUUGAUCAAGUCAUCAUCAGAGGAGUUGAAAAAGAGUGGCGGUUAUACACUGGACAGGGUGAGGCAUGGAAGCAUGCCAAGUAGCAGCUCCGCACUGGCGUAUAGUGCCUCACUGAACCCGCCUCUUAGCCCUACUGACAAUGGACCAUACCUACUGAAAAACUCUGCAGGUCAAUUCAAGGACAGCCUUAGCGAUGAUAAGUUCAGACACUCUCACUCCUUACUGAUUGACUUCUUAGCUUCCAAUGGGUUUGACCCACUCGCUUACAGUAAUGCCCCUCCAGAGCGGUCUGGCACUUCGGCUUUGGAUGAAGUCACGUCCUUGAAGACACUGUUAAUCAGAAGUACCAGUCUGUCCCAGAAUGAACAGAGUGGAGCAGAGCCCGGGAACCAGGAAACCGAUGAAUCACAAGAAGAGCUGGAGGAAAAGGCUCAAGGAGGUGAGCACAAAGCGGUAAUUGCUCCUCUAGUGCUUUCACAGGAGCAAAUAGAGGAUGUCAGCAGAAAACUGGAGACUCUGGAAGAACAAGUGAAGAAACUACAGAAUGUGCAGGAGGAGUAUCACAGGCUACAAGAAACCCUGGCUAAAUUCAUUAUUCAAAGAGGAAACUACAAUUGAUCAUUCCAGCCUGCUGGUCACCAGAUUGUCUGAAGCCCAACCUGAUGAUGUAGUGAAAGUGUUGCUUACAAAAUGGAGAGAGGGAGACUGUUUGUGUGUCUGUGGUUGCAUGCAGGGGUGUUUUUUAUUUUACGCAGAGCUUGUGGCCCAAAAUCCAAAUGAAGUUGGUCAGGAUUGAACAAAUAUAUUCAUUUACCUGUGUUUGCCAUUUUGAAAGAACAACUCUUAUAAGCGCACAUGGAAUGAAAACAAGAGUUGAAGGUUUGAAAGAGGCUGUAAGGAAGUUUUUUUUUUUUUUUAAUUCAUGCCAAAUGCUUUUAAGUGUGAUAUGGAGGUCCGAGUCUAAGCCACAGGUGUUGUUUAUAUUGUAGUGCAGCAGUUAGACAAGCAUCUUAGUUAUUGUCACAUGGUCACUGUAGAUAUUUUUUGUCUUUAGCAUGUUGGAAUGAGUGAGCAUAUGUGCAUGUGAGUCACCUUGAUAAAUUUGUGGAUGUUCUGCUCUUUAGAGGAACUUUCCUGUGUUGUAAUGUCUAUGCAUAAUCAUCAGAGGAUAUACAGAGGAGAUUUUAAAUAAUUAAUUAUUUAAAUAGAAUUCAUUAUGAAGGGUAGCCUCGCUAGCCUUCGCAUGGAUCGGUUUCAGACCAAAGAGGACCUACAGUGAGAAGCACGUUUAUCACAGAAAAUCUAAUGCCUAGAGCUGAAAAAAAGUAUUAAGCAUUUAAUUUUUUUAAUAAGCAUAUGCAAGAUUAGUAAAAUGCACUUAAAUCCCAUUCUAUGCUAUAUGCACAUAUAUAAAUAUCUCCUAAAUAGAAUGUGUAAGAAAAAAAGAAAACUAAGCUGACACGUAAAAAGUUAAAGACUCCUUAUUGAACCUAUUUUAUCAAUAAUUAUACAUAUAAUUACAUACUGUUUUCUUUACUAGAAAUAGAAACAUUUUAUUUUUUUAAUCAAUUCAUUAUUAAGCUUGGCUUAUGUAAGCUCAUACCAUGAAGCUCAGUCUAAAGUAGUGGAUGAUUUACAUAAUACAUAUUUAACACCUUAUGAUCGAUCAGAAUCGAGAAUAAAACAGUGCUGUUACAUAAAUACAAAUAUAAUGGUUAAUUCCAAAUUAACUGUAAAAGUGCUUUGAGUCUGGUCUGUGCGAGGAAUAACACACUUUACAUCUGGUGCGGAUUAUUUUACAUCGCAAUGCCAGAAGUGUGUUAUUCCGGUUGUACCACACCAGUUUGCGACAGGUUUUAACCUAUUAAUGAACACUUGUUUUUGUUUUUUUCUAUCUUAAAAGCAGUUUAAAAUAUAAGGUUUGGAGCAUUUGUAAGAAAAGUUGGUUUUUGUUGGUGAUUUAUAUAGGGUUAUAAUGGUUAAAUCUCCACCAGCUUUUUUUUUUCUUCCAUCUCUUUUUAUUUUACAAUUUUUUCGUAUAUUGUUAAAAUAUGCAGUAUGUCAUGUUAACGAGAAACCAGAAAGGAAAACCUCAACUGUUCAAGAAACACCUGUUUAUACAAAAGACCUCACCACAUGUAUGAUUUUAUACAUUUUUUUCCUCAGUAAAUGUCAUACUAAGGUGCAUCAGUAAGGUAACUUGAAAAGUUGCAUUUUAUUAUUAUUAUUAUUAUGAGGCGCUCUAUGCAUAAACUGUCACUAGUGAUAAUAGCAUAUUUGAACAAGGACAUUAAUAUAAGCUGAUAUUUGUUAUAGACAACUUUUGUCAGAGCUGAGCUAAUACAGUAUACUGUAUCACUUUUUAAUCAACACCUUUUGACCAAUCGGAAUCCAGUGCUGUCAGACCAACAUUAUUAAAAGAGUCAUUUUUAAAAUUUACUGUUAUUCUGCUGUCUUUAGCUGUAUAUUUUUAACCAGCGGUUUACCGUAAAUGGACUUUGUAGACUUUCAGCUUGUAAGUGUUUGACAAUGUGAUUUCUUUAUAUGGGAAGCAGAAAGAACAUGUUGAUCAGAGUUUGUGAGAAAUGUUCAUCAUCAACAGUGACCAUUUUCUCAUUACGGUUUUUUGUUCCUGUUGCUAAUGCUCUUUUAGAGUUCUAUCAUUAAAGUAAGUAUGCAACUGCCAAAUACCAUAAGAAACGAUAGAUAGUGCCUAUCAUUAUACUACAGCAUUUGCACCAAGACCUCAUGAAGAAGUACUGAAUUAGAGGGGUAAAAAUGUUGUGGCUUCUGCCAUACACUUGACUGUGUCCUUUGAGUCAAAGAGACUUAAUCAAUGUUGCUUUCAGUCUCAUGCCACAGUGUGCUUUCCGAUGUUUAUCCAGCUAAGACACAUUUGUAUUUUUUAUGUACAAUGCUAUUUAUAAUGCAGGGUGGAUUAUGCAAAGGGUUUAGACCUUUAUUUCUUCGUUCCGGCUCAGUGGCUGUGUAGAGGACCUAGUGGCACUCUUCCUCUUUCUCACUAUCAGUCGAUGAAAGACAAAAAUGCUCAAGUUUCAGUUCCACAUCAAUAGGGUCUGGUGGCAGUUUAUUACUGACUCUCAUAUUGUGCACUGUGUUUCUUUCAAAUGUAUGCCUCUUUCUAUUUUUUGUAUUUCUUUUUCUAGGCUGAACCAAAUAUUCUUUUACAUACAGAGCUGUAAAGUGUAAUUCCACAACCAUUUUAGCCCAGGAAAUUACAUAUUUUUUUGGCUUCGGCCCACUUCAGUGUAGUACUAUGUAUAUUUUAGGGGUUUUGUUACUCUUGUCACAGCUACCCCUGAUUAAAGCAAGAACUAUUCUGUGUAUUUGUGCUUUGAUUUUUAUCAUGUAAGAUAUUUUGAAAGCAUUGAGGUACAUUUUAUUACUACUGUAAGUUUCCUGUUCUUCUUCUUUUUUUUUAAAUAAAUCAUUUCAACAAUUGCUAAAA